UGAUCUUCGGAAAUGUCGAAAUCUCCGUGGGGGAACAUCGGCGACUGGGCUGCUGAAGCCGAGCGAGAGGAAGCGGAGGAGCGCGAGCGAGCUGCACAACAUGCUGCCAAUAAGCCAGCAGCCGCCGCCGCCGUCUCUGCUGCAGGGGACUCUCAGAACUACCCAAGCCUUAAGGAGGCUACCAGCACCAAGCAGAAGAAGAAGACAAAGAUGAGCUUGCAGCAGUUCACGAUGCAGAGCUCGUAUGGCUCAGGCCAUGGCUACGGCUCCACUAGCCGCUUGACGACGGAAGAGAUGCUCCGGCUCCCUACAGGUCCCAAAGAGCGGUCCGCCGAGGAAAUGCAACAAGGACGUCUGGGCGGGGGGUUCUCUAAUUAUGGGGCUAGGUCUAUGGGCCCUCCACCGGGUCGGAUCCGAGAUCGAGACCUCGAUGGCGAGGCUUCCUGGGGCGCCGAUCGGAGGCAAUAUGGAGGGGGAUUCGAUAAUGAACAACGGAAGGGCCCACCAUCUAGGGCUCCGGAUUUCGAUCAACCCUCCAGAGCUGACGAGGUUGAUAAUUGGGCUUCCGCGAAGAAACCCUUACCAUCGUACAAUUCUAGUCCUACUCAAGCUCCUGCUCGUUCAAAGUACGGUGCACUCGGAGGCGGCGGUGGAGCAUCUAGGGCUGACGGGGACGACAACUGGGGCGCUUCGAAGAAACCCGUUCCCAUUGCUUCACCGCCCGCCAGAUCUUCGACUUUUGGCUCGGGAUUCAGAGACUCGAGGCCUGAACCCGAGCGCUGGUCGAGGGAUGGAGUUCAGAGAUUGGUUUUGGAAUCACCUAAGAACGAGCAGGGAGGUGACAAUGUGAAGGUGAACAAGCCUAACCCAUUUGGGGCAGCAAGGCCUCGGGAGGAGGUGCUGGCGGAGAAAGGUUUAGACUGGAAAAAGAUGGAUAUGGAGAACGAGGUGAAAGUAGGUACUAGUAGACCAACGAGUGCGCAGUCUAGUAGGCCUGGAAGCUCGCAGUCUGGCCGAUCUGAAGGAUCUGCAUUGCAGGGUAUGGUAGAGGAGCCGGUGAUGGCAAAACCAAAGGUGAAUCCUUUCGGUGAUGCCAAGCCAAGGGAGGUAUUGCUCGAGGAGAAGGGCAUAGAUUGGAGGAAGAUUGAUUUGGUCUCAGAGCAUCAAUGCAAUGACAGACCAGAGUCAGAAGAGGAGAAGAAAUUGAAAGAAGAAAUAGAGAGCUUGAAAAAGGAGGCACUGCAGAGCUCUGAUGAAGACCAGGCUCACUUGCAUCAUCUGAUAAAUCAAAAAGAAAAAGACUUGAAUGUGAUGGUCCAUGACUUGGACAAAAUUCAUCUUAGUGAGAAAGGCAUGGAAAGGCCAGGCUCAGGGUCAGGCAGAGUUUCUGGCUUUCCUGAGAGAUCCCCUCCUCAGCGAGGAGGCCAAGGAUCUGUUGGUGAACGCAGAACUGAUGAUUUUGUGGAGAGGCCUAAGCUGCAUGGUACACAAGAUGCAUUGUCAAGGCCAUUUGACGAUAGAAGAGCCUUCCAAGCUGGUAGAACAGGUGAGGAUAGAAGAGCCUACCAGGGUGGUAGGCCUGAUGACAGACGAUCUUUUCGAGGUGGUAGAGAAAGAGGAUUUUUUAGCGGCAGGGACAUGGAGAGGUCAAGAUCCGGUAACAGAUGGUGAAUCUCAGCUGCAGUGGUUUCUCUAAUAUCUGACAAAGUUGGUGAAUUUCAUCUGCAGUGGUUUCUCUAAUAUCUGACAAAGUAGUACAGAAUAAUUUUUACCACGUCUCGACUAUUUAUCCUAAUUUUACUGUGAGGAUCGGAGCUAGAAUGGGUGAACGCUGGCACACUUUUGCGGUAAUUAUGACACAUCUUGAAGCCGCUUUGAAUCCCAAUUUUGCACCCUUUUCGCUUCUGUCUUAGAGGCUAAGAAUGGUUUUGCUUAUUGGUCAGAAACACUAAUGUAACAACACCAUAUCUGCUCUUGCGGUCUUCUUUUUGGGUUUUACCUAUACGAAGUAGUUCCAUAUUCUAUUCUUUCCGAGUAGUUUACGUUGGAAAUUUAGUUGUGUUUGGGUCUUAGGUUAGAAUGCUGCAUUGUACGGUAAGACAUUCUUGAAAUGCUUUGUCUAUCUAUGGCUAAUGAAAUCAUCAGUACAUAUUAUAUAUAA